CACCCUCCCCUUUAUCGCCAUUCAGUGAUGAAGAAUACCCAGAGGAUCGGUGGGACAGAAACCUCAGUCAAAAAAUGAUUAAACGUGAAAAGGAAAUUGUAUACAAGCCAUCAGAAGAAGUCAAACAGUCGCCAAUAACUCGAGGCAUAGCUACCCUGAAAAUGAACAUUGUCGGCAAACCAGAAGAAACAUUACCAACGGUCAAUGUUAUUGUAAAACCUGCAGAAAGCAGAGUGCCACAAGCUGCGACACAAACAGCUUUAACCAAAAGGGAACUUGCACCAUCACCUAGCCAACUACAACCAACAACCUGGACUCGAAAGUUUAACAUUGAUCUUGACCGACCAAAAUCACCUUCUGUUUCCCCAGUAAGGUCUACAGGUACAGGCAUGACUAGGGAUAGCCAGAAUAUUGCUUCUCAAACGUUGGACUCUCAGCGCUCAGCUACAACUCAAACAGCUGGCAAAGCAACACAGAAAAACAUACCUACACAAACAACAAAGACACAUCAGACUACGGUGACACAAACUACCAAAAAUGUUGCUGAAAAGAGAGCAAUGGAAACACAGACACCACCUCCAGGGGAUUACAAACAAACCCAGACAACAUUAAAAACUAAAACUGUAUCAACAAGUGCCUCACCCCAAGGCACCAGCAGAAAUGUUCAAACAGACAACCCAGUAAUGAAACCAGAAUCGGUGCAGAAGACAAAAUUGGUAAAGGACAAUCAAUUGCUUCCAGUAGAUCAGCCAAGUGAUAAAGUCCACCAUUAUACUGAAGUUGUCACAACACCAAAGUUAAAGACAAAUUUCUUUAACAAUCCAACUGAAAUUGAUUUGGGAAUUCCAACAACUUUAUCUAAUCCAUCCAGACGUGGUGAAACGGCUGUCCCUCCAAACUCUCCUGCUGUUACAGGCACCCCACCAAAUCUUGUUGAUAAGCAUAACCCUGGACCAGGGAAAUCACAACAACCUAGUACUUCAACACUAACUGUUGAAACCAUUACACAGGAGACUAAGAAAACAAGAAAAGUAUGGAAUCCAAGGACAAGAAAGUUUGACGAAAUUAUUAUUGAAGACAAGCAAGAACAAGGGGUUAAAACUUCACCUGUCCCUGUCACACAAAAAGAAAUUGCAAAGCCAAAAACAAUUCCGCCUCAACUUGAUCUGAACAAACCAACUACACCAAGCAAAGCAGAAGUCGAAAUUGUUCACACACCUACUCAGCAAGCUCAUUUCUUCAAAGAUGCUAGCGAGCUAGGAACAGAGAAGACACUUGAACCAAAACCUUUACAACUUAGGAAAGAUGAGUUUGUGCCUUCUCAUUCACCUGAGAUUGUAAGAACCCCAACAAAGCAGGCAAGUUUCUUCAGUGAGAAACAAAAGGAUUUAAUGGACAGCAUUACAAAACAAACCAGAGAUCUCAUCAAUACAGAACCAAAAGUUUCAGACGAUAACGUCAAGACAUCUGUGCAAAUUGCAACCACCGAAGUCAGCACAAGACAAAGAACUAUUCAAAAAGGUGAACGAACAAUGAAAAUUGAAGAGAGCAAAUCCACACAAAGGUUGUGGAAUCCUACUACAAGACAGUUCCAAGAGGUUGUGGUUGAAAAAAGUGCAAAGGAUGGUGUUCAGUUUGAAAAAGAGCCAAUGGACUUUAGAAGUAACAAGCCAAAACGAGAGAAAUCACCACUAAAACAAAUGACUACUGAGGAAAAUACAAAACAAGUUGAAAUUACAAAAGAAACGACUGAAGAAAGCAAACGAUAUUGGAACCCACUCACCAGAAGGUUUAAAGAAACUAAAGUCCGAAGGGAAACCUCACAAUCUCCAUCACGAAAACAAGCAGUGAGAGAUAAAACACCAACUAAACCAGUUAAACCAGAACAAACUGAACCAGUAGAAGCCAAACCAACUGUUGAACCAAUCACUGAAUCUCCAGUUUCAAAAACUGUUGUUACAAAAGAGAAAGUUGACUUGGAAGAAGACAUAAAAAAGCUGGUAACCACUGAACCAAUUGAGGUACAACCAAAGCCUCAACCAAAAAUGAAAAUGGAGUCAACUGUUGUCACUACAUCUGAAACUGUAACAGUUAAAGAUGGUAAAACAGAGAAAACUCAAGAAAGCAAAACAACUAAAAGGGUUUGGAAUCCAAGAACACGUAAAUUCGAUGAAAUUAUUAUCGAAGAUACAAGAGUCACGGAUGUAAAACCUAAACCAGUUGAACCAAAACCAACUAAACCAGUGGAAGCCAAACCAACUGUUGAACCAAUCACUGAAUCUCCAGUAAGUAAGACUGUUGUAACCAAAGAGAAAGUUGACCUGGAAGAUAACAUGAAAAAGUUUGUAACCACUGAACCAAUUGAGGUACAACCAAAGCCUCAACCUAAAAUGAAAAUGGAGUCAACUGUUGUCACUACAUCUGAAACUGUAACAGUUAAAGAUGGUAAAACAGAGAAAACUCAAGAAAGCAAAACAACUAAAAGGGUUUGGAAUCCAAGAACACGUAAAUUCGAUGAAAUUAUUAUCGAAGAUACAAGACUCACGGACGUAAAACCUAACCGUUGAAUCCAACUAAACCAGUAGAAGCCAAACCAACUGUUGAACCAAUCACUGAAUCUCCAAUAAGUAAAACUGUUGUAACAAAAGAGAAAGUUGACUUGAAAGAAGACAUAAAAAAGCUGGUAACCACUGAACCAAUUGAGGUACAACCAAAGCUUCAACCAAAAAUGAAAAUAGAGUCAACUGCUGUCAAUACAUCUGAAACUGUAACAGUUAAAGAUGGUAAAACAGAGAAAACUCAAGAAAGUAAGAAAACAAAGAUGGUUUGGAAUCCAAGAACACGUAAAUUCGAUGAAAUUAUUAUCGAAGAUACAAGAGUCAUGGAUGUAAAACCUAAACCAGUUGAACCAAAACCAACUAAACCAGUAGAGCCCAAACCAACUGUUGAACCAAUUACUGAAUCUCCAGUUUCAAAAACUGUUGUAACAAAAGAGAAAGUUGACUUGGAAGAUGACACGAAAAAGCUGGUAACCACUGAACCAAUUGAGGUACAACCAAAGCUUCAACCAAAAAUGACAAUGGAGUCAACUGUUGUCAGUACAUCUGAAACUGUAACAGUUAAAGAUGGUAAAACAGAGAAAACUCAAGAAAG